UUCAAAAUGAAUAAUGUAUUGCGGAAUCAUGAAUCUAUAUUGCGAGCCAGAGCACUUGUCGCCUUUCAUAUGGGCAAUUUUCCAGAAUUGUAUCGUAUAUUAGAGUCACAUAAAUUUACAAAUGGAUCACACAGUAAGUUACAAGCAAUGUGGCAAGAAGCACAUUAUCAAGAAGCGGAAAAGCUUCGUGGAAGGCCGUUAGGACCAGUCGAUAAAUACCGCGUAAGAAAAAAAUAUCCAAUGCCACGGACAAUAUGGGACGGCGAGCAAAAAACGCACUGUUUUAAGGAGCGAACCAGAUCCUUAUUACGUGAAUGGUACUUACAAGAUCCAUAUCCAAAUCCGAGUAAAAAAAAGGAACUAGCUUCGAAAACGGGUUUAACAGCGAUGCAAGUGGGUAACUGGUUCAAAAAUCGACGACAGAGAGAUCGAGCUGCUGCCGCAAAGAAUAAGUAA